GAACUCAGUGACGGCAGCUAAACUUUCAUACUCGUUCGCUCGAUUCAACCGCGACGUCCAUCUUUCCGAGCCGCAGAAGGCAGAAAAAGUGUUACUCCGAGUCAUUUGGUGUUCAUAGCACGACCGUCAGCCCCGAAACAGAAAGGAAGUAGCAGAAAAAUCCCAGCUUGAAUAAUGUCGAUGCUGUCUGCUCGUUUGGCCGCCCAAGUGGCUCGCCAACUGCCCAGAACCGCUAGCCAGGUCGCUAAAAUCGCUGUUCCUGCGGUUCAGGUUGCUGCCCGUAAUCUCCAUGUUUCAAGCGCCAAGCGCGGUUCGGAAAUUUCUUCCAUCCUGGAGGAAAGAAUCCUGGGCUCAGCACCAAAGGCUGAUUUGGAGGAAACUGGACGUGUAUUGAGUAUCGGUGACGGUAUCGCUCGAGUUUACGGUCUGAAGAACAUCCAGGCCGAUGAGAUGGUGGAAUUUUCCUCCGGUCUCAAGGGUAUGGCCCUCAACUUGGAGCCCGAUAAUGUUGGUGUUGUCGUUUUCGGUAAUGACAAGCUCAUUAAGGAAGGUGACAUUGUCAAACGUACUGGUGCUAUCGUUGAUGUUCCAGUCGGUGAUGAGAUUCUAGGCCGUGUCGUUGAUGCGCUGGGUAACGCUAUUGACGGAAAGGGCGAAAUCAAGACCGGUCAGCGUUUCCGUGUAGGUAUCAAGGCUCCGGGUAUUAUUCCGCGUGUGUCUGUGCGCGAACCUAUGCAAACCGGUAUCAAGGCUGUGGAUUCGCUUGUACCAAUUGGUCGUGGACAGCGUGAACUGAUCAUCGGUGACAGACAGACUGGAAAAACUGCUUUGGCCAUCGAUACCAUCAUCAACCAGCAGCGCUUCAAUAACGGUACAGAUGAGUCUAAGAAACUGUACUGUAUCUACGUCGCUAUCGGCCAGAAGCGGUCUACUGUGGCCCAAAUCGUGAAGCGUUUAACCGAUGCUGGUGCCAUGAAGUACACUAUUAUUGUUUCGGCUACCGCUUCGGAUGCUGCCCCUCUGCAGUAUUUGGCUCCCUAUUCCGGUUGUGCUAUGGGUGAAUACUUCCGUGAUAACGGAAAGCACGCUUUGAUCAUCUAUGAUGAUUUGUCCAAGCAAGCCGUCGCAUACCGUCAGAUGUCGCUGCUGCUGCGUCGUCCUCCAGGUCGUGAAGCUUACCCUGGUGAUGUGUUUUAUCUACAUUCGCGUUUGCUUGAGCGUGCGGCCAAGAUGAACCCAACUUUAGGUGGCGGUUCGUUGACUGCUCUGCCGGUCAUUGAGACCCAGGCCGGUGAUGUGUCCGCUUACAUUCCAACCAAUGUCAUUUCAAUCACUGACGGACAGAUCUUCUUGGAAACUGAAUUGUUUUACAAAGGUAUUCGGCCAGCUAUUAACGUCGGUCUUUCUGUAUCGCGUGUCGGAUCCGCUGCUCAGACAAAGGCUAUGAAGCAGGUCGCUGGUUCCAUGAAGUUAGAAUUGGCUCAAUAUCGUGAGGUCGCUGCUUUCGCUCAGUUCGGCUCUGAUCUUGAUGCUGCCACCCAGCAAUUGUUGAACCGUGGUGUCCGUUUGACUGAAUUGCUGAAACAAGGGCAAUAUGUCCCAAUGGCUAUUGAAGAACAGGUUGCCGUUAUCUAUUGCGGUGUCCGAGGUUACCUGGACAAAAUGGAUCCCAGCAAGAUCACCGCCUUCGAACGGGAAUUCUUGGCUCACGUCAAGACUAACGAAAAGGCUUUGCUAAGCCAGAUCGCGACCGAAGGAAAGAUCUCCGACGAAACUGAUGCCAAGUUGAAGAACAUCGUGACUAGUUUCAUGUCCACCUUCAGCGGUUAAGAACACAGUGCUUUUUGUUUUAGCGUUUAGAGGAAUCCAAGUUAAACUGCGUCUCUUCGUCGGUCGUUGCUAGCUUUAUUUUAGCGAGGCGACGAAGUUGUUCAAGUACAUCUUACGAAUUGUAACAUCUUUCAAACGGGCAGGCAGAUAUUGAAUCUAGGCAAACGAUAAACUAUUGCGAUACCAACACCGAAAAAGAAUCGAUAAGAAGUAACAGUGUAGAAUGGAAACGAUGAAAAUUACGACCAUGCAAAAUAAAAGUUGCUCUUGUAUUAAGUUUACGGAGAUAACAUCUGGAUAUCGAAAUACAGUUUCCAAUAAUUAACGAAA